AUGUCAGACGAAACAAUUAUGUAUAAGAAUGAUUUGGCAAUUAAAAUUGAACCACCAGAAUAUUCACCGGAAGAUGUUAAAAGCAAAAAUGAUGAUGAAUUUGAUGUACUUGAUGCUAUCGUUAAAUCUGAAUCAUUUUCUGAAGACAAUGACACGUGUUUAGAAAGAUUCAUGAAUUCCGAAUUGACAGUUGAAGAUGAAGUCAAACAGGAGUCUUUUGAUUGUGAAAUUUGCAAUCAAUCAUUUGCAGAAUCCCAUCAUCUAACAAAACAUAUGGUCGAUCACAUGCCUAAGCGUACCAAAGAACGUCUUUACAAAUGUGGAAUCUGCCCAAAGACUUUCAAUAAAUCAAGAGGGUUGAACACACACAUGGUCAUUCAUAGUGGUGAGCGUCCACAUAAAUGCAAUGAAUGCAAUAAGGCAUUCACACAAUUAAAGUAUCUGAAAAGACACAUGGUCAUUCACAGUGGUGAGCGCCCCCAUGAGUGCAGUAUAUGCAAUAAGGCUUUCAUAACUGUAACUCAUCUGAAAACUCACAUGCUCAUUCAUAGUGGUAAGCGCUCUCAUGAGUGCAGUAUAUGCAAGAAGACAUUCAUACUUACAAGCCAUCUAAAAAGUCACAUGCUCGUUCACAGUGGUGAGCGCUCCCAUGAGUGCAGUAUAUGCAAGAAGACAUUCACACAAUCAUGUUAUCUGAAAAUUCACAUGCUCAUUCACAGUGGUGAGCGCUCCCAUGAGUGCAGUAUAUGCAAGAAGACAUUCAUACAAUUGAAGACUCUGAAAACUCACAUGCUCAUUCACAGUGUGAUGAGCGCUCUCAUGAGUGCAAUAUAUGCAAGAAGGCAUUCUUAG